UUAGAAAUUGUCAGGCUUAUUGUGUUCAAAAAUUUGCACGCUUAAAAUUCGCUCUACAUCGGCAUAUCUCCAACUUCAAAACCCUAUAUCAUUCUCACACACCUACACAUUACGGAUGGUCUUCUUCCCUCGUUAUUUGCUCGCGCGUCUUUUAGCCCUAUGCGUUGUUCUGCAUGUCGCUGUUGCCAUUCCUGUGGUUCACACUUCUGCAGGGACUUUAGAACGACGCAAGCCCACACAAGCUAUACUUGACGAGUAUCAGAUGCUACAAAUCCGAAUUCUAUAUUUCCGUUUGGACGAAGACAAGAAAAAGUCUGAUAGCGUAAACCCUGAUUUACUGGGACAGUAUGACAAAAUGUGGCUUUGUAUUGGUCACAACUGUUUUCGUGGUGAAGAAUCGUCCUCUGGAUUGUUACCCCAAGAAAAGAUAGCGACCGAGAAAGACCUGGGCCCAGCUCUUCAGAUUGGUGUCGUCUCCUUUUUGUCCCUGAACCAGAAGGAUGAGAUAUUGAAAUCCUUCGGCACAAAGGUUAUCAAGGAGAAAAAGAACAACUUGUCGUAUAUCCAGGGAAUGAUUGCGGAUUUGCGCGCUAGCUGGAGAAAAGGGAUGACACUUGGGCUAGACAAAAGGCCUCCGUAUACUACCCACGCUUCUCAGUAAUUCUCAAUUUGCGGACAGUUCAUGUAUGUACA